UUAGAGGAGAAUAUUUGCUGGAGUUGGAAGCCUAUAGAUCGCCUGGCUCUGAGAGCGCGUGACAUUAGGUCAGUUCCUGGACCGGUCACGAGUGCUCUAUGCAAGCUUAAGGCGGGAGACGACGUCCCAGACCAGUCGCUACCUCCCGGGGAAGUUCCACAGACUCUGUCUUCUGCUUUUGGUGCUGGUACUGGUUGGUGUCUGUAGCGUAGACAUGGUGUCGGAGGAGGAGAUACGAGCCAGGUUGGAGCAGGCCGGCCAGUCCCAUCUCCUGCGCUUCUGGGCAGAGCUGGAACCGGCUGGGAGAGCGUCCCUGCUCACCGAACUGGCCCUGCUGGACCCCGACGAGCUGAGGGAGCACUGCCAGCGGGCGGCCGCGGCCUGCACCCAGGAGCAGCAGGGUCCUCUGGAGCGCCUGGAUGCCAGAAUGCAACCGGUGCAGCCCGAGUUCCUGGGCAGCGUGCGCAAGAGCGACCCGCAGACCUUGCAGCUCUGGGAGGAGGAAGGUUUCCACCAGAUUGCUCAGAACAAGGUGGCUGUCCUGUUACUUGCUGGGGGCCAAGGCACUCGCCUAGGAGUGACCUACCCUAAAGGCAUGUACCGGGUGGGCUUACCUAGUGGGAAGACACUGUAUGAACUCCAGGCUGAGCGCAUCUGCCGAGUGGAGCAGCUGGCUGGCCGCAGACAUAAUACGCGCUGCUCUGUUCCCUGGUACAUCAUGACCAGUGAGUUCACUCUGAAGCCAACAGUUGAAUUUUUCAAGGAAAACAACUUCUUCCAAUUGGACCCAGACAAUGUGAUCAUGUUUGAGCAGAGGAUGUUACCAGCUGUGAGCUUCAAUGGCCAGGCCAUCCUGGAGAGGAAGGACAAGGUUGCAAUGGCCCCAGAUGGCAAUGGUGGUCUGUACCGAGCCCUUGUGGACAAUAGGAUUUUGGAAGACAUGGAGCGCCGUGGAGUAGAGUAUGUCCAUGUGUAUUGUGUGGAUAAUAUCCUUGUUAAGAUGGCUGACCCUCUCUUCAUUGGCUUUUGUGUGCUGAAGGGUGCAGACUGUGGGGCCAAGGUAGUAGAGAAGGCCUACCCCACAGAGCCUGUGGGUGUGGUGUGCCAGGUGGAUGGCAUUUACCAGGUGGUAGAGUACAGUGAGGUGGAAGUAGAGACAGUGCAGCGUCGAGAUGAAAGCGGCAAUCUGGUCUUCAAUGCAGGCAACAUCUGCAACCACUUCUUCACCCGGAACUUCCUCCAGACUGUUACGAGGGAAUUUGAGCCUUUGCUGAAGUCACAUGUUGCCAUUAAGAAGGUCCCGUUUGUGGAUGAGGAUGGAAAUCUUGUCAAGCCGCUCAAACCGAAUGGUAUAAAGAUGGAGAAGUUCGUGUUUGAUGUGUUCCAGUUCUCCAAAAACUUUGUUGCAUUUGAAGUCCUGAGGGAGGAGGAAUUCUCUCCCCUAAAAAACUCAGAUACAGCAAACAAAGACUGCCCCACCACUGCCCGGCAGGCCCUCCUGGCUCAGCACUACCGUUGGGCUGUGCGGGCUGGUGCCCACUUCGUGGAUGAAAAUGGAGUCAGGAUCCCAGAGCAGCCCAGUACUCUGGGAACUGAAAACCCUCCUGUUCUUUGUGAGAUUUCGCCACUAGUGUCCUAUUUUGGGGAGGGUCUGGAGGCAUACCUGAAGGAUAAGGAUAUCCACUCACCUUUCAUACUUGAUGAAAACAAGGCAAAGCUGCUGGAAAAGGCUUGAUUCAUUUCAAGACCAAAUCAAAUCUGUCCUUCGGUCCACCCGGCAUGAAAUUGGUUUUUGAUUUGAAUAAGACAUGAAUAUUUUUGGAAGCAGCGCUGCUCAGCCUUGGGCACUAGACUUUAGUAGGAAAUAUAUUUAUGAUUAAAUAUAAAUGCUAAAAUUUAUUUUUCCAAGUUCAGUUGGCUUCCAUCAUCUAGGACUGAUUACUUGAGUCCUGUGCUACUGCUUCUCUUGUUGAAACAUGGAAUAAGUAAUAUAAAGCUAAAAAUCAGAUAUAUAUUCCUCUCUCAUUCCUGCCUCUUUUUCUCCCUGAGGCUAAAAUCUUGCUCUGCUGAUCAAUUCUGUUGACAUUUUUUUAUAUUUCUGAAUGUUUGCUACAUUCCUUCAGGCAAUCAAUGGAGCAGAUCCAGGCUCCUAAGAAAGUGCUGGGUCCUAAAGGCAAAAUGAUACUGUGUUGAUGUUAUUACUUACUGAUGUUAGUUAUCAUACCUUUCACUAGCUCAGAGGCUGCCCUCUGUCCUUGUACUGGGUUGCAGAUUAAUUUCAUGAAUAUCACUCUUUGGGUGCAUUUGCCCCUGGCUCAUGGUGCCUUGUGGGCCAAUAGGCCUUCCUCUUUAUCUAUAAACCGGGGUCAAAUGAGAAGACAGCUGCUAUUGGCCUGGCUUUGGUUCUCAGCCCAGAAGGAAAAUGUCUGGAACAUCGAGGAAGCAAGGCCAGUGUCGAGUGAGGGCUCCCACUGCCUAGAAGUCCCUAAAAGCUUUGCAAUAUCUGGGUUUCAUAAGACCUUCUUAGAAAUCAAGAAACAUUUCUAACUCAUUUCUCUUCAGCUAUGAAACAGUCAACUGGGUGGAUGUUGUUUUUUCCGCCUCUGUGAGCAGGUUCCUGAGCUCUGAAGCAGCUUUGUAUCUGGCCUUGUGACCCUGGGCAAAUUGUUUGGUGUUCCAGUAUUCUGUCUUCUUCCCCUCUAAGUAGGGGAUGGUGCUAUUUACUACUUGAAGCUGUUGUGAGGAAUAAAAAAGAGAAUAAACCCUCUACAAACAGCACUAUUUAAUUACCCUUUCCAUUUUUUUCCCUUGCUAAACCUUCCCCUGGUGUUUUGUUCAGUGCCUGAUUCCUGCCUGGUGCCUUAGGCUCAUUCAGACAGGAGCUAAUUACUGCCUUUCCCUUUUCUAAUCAAUUUACCCAGUGGAAGGAAAUCAUCACGAAUGGAGCAGGUCUUGACUCUCGACUCUGGUGGUUCCGCAAGGGAUGGGUGUGAAGGCUUAGCCUAGAAACAGGGAGACAGACAGUGUUAGGAAAGAUGAAAGCCCUGUGGGAAGGCCUUUGGAAUGCUAGGGAAUUUUCAAAAUCCCCCUCUCCUUUCCAUAACCCUGAGCAAGCUGGGCAUUACUAGUAAUGAAGCUCCAAAGGAGGCUGGCUACUCUGUGGUUCUCUUUAGAAUCCUGGGGUCUGGUAGGGGAAGGGGAAGUCCCUGUGUUCUCUAUGCCUGAGGUUCCAGGCUAGCUGCUGUCUCUAAGCCUGGGGCACCUGCGAGCCACAUCAGACAAGAGAAUACACUCUGGAUUGCAGCCAUUGUUGAAGCAUUCUGGAGAAGGUUGUGUUUUUUGGUUUUGCUGUGGGUUUUUUUGAAAUAAGCUUUAAUGACAACAAACCUCCAACCCCCAACCCAAAUAACUGCAUAUAUCAUUUUCUGUAUAAAUGUGUAAAUUCAGUCAAUUUCCUGUUAUCAACUAUGAAUCUUUCAAAAAAUGUUUUAUUCAUAUGUUUUGUUUUUCUAUCACAGCCAAGUGUGAAUCUUAAAAAGCAGAUUGCUUUAUCUCUUGUUUUUAUUCUGAACA